CACAAACGCAAAGCUCAAAAGAAAACUUGUGUGUGCUCUAAAACAAUCGAAAGAAAACGAGAAAAAAAUUCGAAAUAACUAAAACGCAUAAAGCAAUCGCCGCACAACGUACAACGUCUCUAAUGGAUGCCAACACAGCGCCAGAAGUGGAGACGGUGACAGCGACCAAAGAAAAUGCCGCUGAUAAAGCAAACAUCGAGUCGAAUAAGUUGCUCGAAAAUGCAUCCGAACCAGCAGCAGCAACAGCAGCCGAGGAUGCCGAGCAGGCAGCAACAGCAGCAGGAACUGUGGAAAAAGAGAGCAACGAUGCAGCGGCAGUAGCAGCAGCGCCACCCGCGACUGAUGACGUCGCUGAUAAAAAAGCUGCUGUUGGAGACGCAGCGACGGCUUCGACCGCGCCAACAUUAUUGGAUGCAGAUGGAAAGGAAAAGGACACAAAAGCAUCAUCGCCAGCACCGCCAGCAGCAAAGAAAGUUAAUAAUGGCGCCAAGAAGAAUGCCGCCAAGGCUGACGACGAUGACGAGCAUGCAGAUGAUGACGAGGACGAGGAUGAAGAGGAAGGAGACGAGGAUCUGGCGGACGAUGAUAAGGAAGAUGGCAGCGAGGAGGACGAAAAGAAACCAACAGCAAAUGCAGCAGAUAAGAAGAAAAGUGAUGCAACAGAUGGGGCCAAGUCAAAGUCGGGAUCAGCAGCGGCAGAGAAGUCAGCUGUCGCCAGGAAGACUGAGUCGAAGACCAAGAACGGCAAAGUAGACAAGUCGGAGGAAAAUGAAAAAGAUGACGACGAUGCUGACGAAGGCGACGGCCUCGAUGAGAACAACGAGGUGGCCGAGGAUGAUGAGAACGUUGUAGCUCUGGCCGAGAUCGAUCGCAUUAACGAGAACAUUAACAAGACCCGCGUCGAUGGGCUGCAGGUUCUUCAUGCACUCUGCUUUGGAGCACAGGGCAAGAAUAAUGUGGUGAAAAAGAAUCUGCGUUCAUUUGCUGGUUUUGAGUUUGCCAAGGAUUCGUCGGAUUACAAAAAGAAAUAUGAGUCUAUCAAAAAAGUGGACAACAAAUCGCUGCGCAGCAUCUGUGAAAUUCUAACGUUGGAUCGCAAGGGCAGCAAAGAUGAGAUUGCGUCGCGUGUGCUCAAAUUUUUAAUGGAACCCGAUGAGUCGUUGUGCAUCGAGCAGGGCGACGAAGAGGAGGAGGAGGUGGAUGAUGAGGAGAUCGACGAUGAUGAGGUCGCCAGCGAAGAGGAAAAGAAACGCAAGAGCAGCAGCAAGGCGAGCGGCGGCAGAGGCUCAGCACGCAAUUCCACCGGACGUCCAAAACGUUCAACGGCAGGCAAGAAAAUGUCCGCAUAUGUAGAUUUAUCAAGCUCCGAGGAGAGCGAGCACAAAGUGCAAGUGGCUAAGCGAAGACGAAACGAUGACUCCGAGUCCGGCUCAGAUUACAAUCCUUCGGGCAAUUCAGAUUCGGAUGCGGGUCGCGGAGGUGGUGGCGGCGGUGCUGGUGGUGCCGCUGCAGCCGGUCGCAAACUUUCUCGAGGCAGUCGUGGCCGGCCGGCGCGCAAAAGUCGUCGAAGAAAUUCAGAUUCCGAAGACGAAGAGGAAUCAGAGCUGUCCGAUGCUGAUAGUGAUGUGCCGAAGCGCAAGCGCGCCCCUCCUGGCAAACGUGGCCGAUCCGCUGCGACCGCUACUCCGGCUGGCAGACGAGGUCGUGGACGAGUCGCCUCUGCGCGAAAGCGCAAGGAUUCGGAAAGCGAAGAUGAGGAAGUGUCAGAGGACGAGGAGGAGGAGGAAUUGUCCGAAUUCGGCAGCGAUCAAAGCGAGGAGGAACGCCCCAAAAAGAGUAAGAAGCCAACAGCGCCUGCGAAAAAUAGCAAAGCUAACAACAAGUCAAAACCAGCUGGAAAGUCCGCUGGUCGACCGAAAAAAUCAAAGAAGGAAACGUCUGAGGAGGAAGAUGUCGAUGACAAAGAUGAGUCCGAUGAGGAUGAGCCAUUAACCAAAAAGGGCAAAUUGGCAUUCCCAACGGAUGAGGAAAUACGUAGCUUUGUCAAACAGAUAUUGGAUAAGGCCAAUCUAGAAGAGAUAACAAUGAAAACAGUGUGCAAACAAGUCUAUGCUAAGUACCCAGAUUUUGAUUUAACAGAGAAGAAGGAUUUCAUUAAGGCCACAGUUAAAGCGUUAAUUGCAACAUAAAAACUACACAAAAAAGGGAGGCAUUGGAGCCUGGGGAUUGGCCAGCAAGCAGUAGAACUUGUUCCAAAACACUGAAAAAUAAAACAAACAACACAACAAGCGACCGCUAAAGCAAAACAUAUUUUUGCCACUUUUUGAGAGCUGCUGCGACAACAAAAACAAAACAAAAAAAAAAAACAAAGAAAAAACCUCUAGUUUUCCUAUAAGCGUAUAAUUUGUACUCUAUAAAAGUAACUAAACUUUACCUUAAACGGAUUAUGUCCUUCUUUCUAUUGUGUACUAAGAUUAUCCAUAUAUGCAUGUGAAUAUGUAUAUAUCUAAACGUAAUUUGUAAACACUUACUAUUCAUUUUCUUUAUGAAUAUACCUGCGCUCUCAAACGGCUCUACAAAAAAUGAAAAAAAGAAGUGUGGUAAUUUAAGCAAAACCCGAAAUAGAAAAGAAACUUGUAAAAACAAAAGCAAAUGAAAGAAACACACAAAAUUUAUAAGUACAUUAAAAUUUAGUAGUGCUGGUUGAUUUGACGUUCAAAAUUAUGUAUUUUAAAUUAAGUAAAAGACGAUAAAUAAAAAGAAAACAAAUCUAUAAAAAAUGAAAAGAUAAUAAUAAAUAACACACUGGCAACAGUACAAAAAACGAAGCAUGGAAACCUUAAAAAACAAAAUCCGAAAUUGAAGAUAUUGAUAUACUGCACACACUUUCGGCUAUGUAAAAACUAAUAAACUAUUUUGGACUUGGGCGAGUCAAGCGAACGCACUAGGAAUGAUAUUGUUCAAGGAUUGCUAGCUAUAAUUUAUUAAUUCUUGAAGCAAAGUUUUGAAAUGACUACAUUUUAUGAUUGGUGGCCAGUUUUGAUAAUUUUGCGAUUUACAUUUUUUUUUUGUUGUCUUUUAAUAAUGAGGUGAAUAAUUUAAAAAGGAGGCUUACUGAACUCUCAAAGAAAUUGUUAUGAUAAACACUCUUGUACUUCCACAUUUUCAAAUGAUUUUUGUAACUUCCGUUAAUCUCAAGUGAUUGGCUUUGAUACUAGAUUGAAGACAUAAACUGAAGCAGGUUUCUCUUGUAGAGCGGCAACACACACACCUAGAACUUACACACACACACACACAAUAUGAAAUAUGAAACAAAGAAAUAAACACAGUGCAAGGAAUAUUAGGUAUGAAUAUUCAUGCAGAAA